UUUGACAAGUGAGCUAUUGAGGACUAGCGAAACGACUUGGAGCGCGAACCGUCCGUGAUUAAAACAUAUGAUACAAACUACUGCAACAAGGUGCACUGGAAUCGCCCACUCGUUUCUAAAUUUUAAAGGGCUGAAAAAAGUUCGAAACAGGUAAACAGGAAUUUUUCUUUUCAUCUAGAUUUCCCGAUCUAAAAGCUAAACAACGCGCACGCAGAAAUGUCUCUGGCCGUGAAGGAAAGGACUGUAGUCCGUCUUGUGUUCUUUGGUGCCGCGGGGGUUGGCAAGACAGCGCUGAUUCAACGUUUUCUGCAGGACAGCUUUGACCACAAGUACAAGCCGACAGUUGAGGAGCUCCACAGUUUGGAAUAUGACAUCGACGGCGCCAAGAUCAGAAUCGAGAUCAUGGACACUAGCGGUAGCUAUUCUUUCCCGGCGAUGAAGAAGCUGUGCAUCCGCAACAGCGACGCGUUCGCCUUGGUCUACUCCAUAGACAAUUCCGAGUCGUUCGAGGAGGUGCAGAGGCUGCGCGAAGAAAUACUGGAUAUAAAAGAUAACGCGUUCGUCCCAAUCACCGUGGUGGGCAACAAAUUGGACCUUGAGAACCAGCGUCAGGUGCCCAUCAAGGACAGCAUGUGCACCGUGGAGACAUACUGGAAUGCUAGCUUCCUGGAGGCUUCGGCCAAAGGCAGCGUGAAUGUGACUGAGGUGUUCAGAGCGCUCCUGCAACAGGUGAACCUGCUCAGCCGCUUGAGCCCCGCGCUGCGAAGGCGCAGAGAGACUAUUCCUAAAGAAAACGUCAGGCUACCCAAGAAGCCGCCCAUGAAGAAGGCCAAUAGCUGCUCUAUCUCCUAGAAUUCGGAGCCACCAGCCAUACGAGGAGAUCCACGCGUGACUCGUUAGCACGAAACGCGAGGGGAUUGCUGAAGCAGCUUAGGCUACAAACAGGAAUGCAGAAUCGAAGAACGCAGGCAGUAUGUGCACUGGACUGCAUGUCAUCACAAAAAGCUGCUUGACAGGAUUGAUGCUUACCGGUUAGGGUAGAGGUUCUCAAACUCUCUUCUGGGACCCCCUUUGUGUAUGAAGGUUUUAAACCUACCCAAUCUUUUGAUCAGUUAAGGUUGUUGACAACUGAAGUUUUAAGUGUUUCAUCCUACUUCCUUUAACAUAACGCCGGUCAGGAUUGUUUGUCAUUGUCCAAAAAUUAAUUAGUCUCAGUGACCAAGUUUCCACACUUUCAGUAGAACCCCACUAAUUUCACCUUGCAGUCUAGAAUGUAAAUAAAAAGUUUCCAAAGGAAUCAUUUGGCAUCUAGUACAUUAUAGACGAUGAAAACAUUACUUUCUGAUAAAAAGUGACAAGAAUGGCUGUUUAUAAAAUAGUGUGGCCUAUAAGAUGCCAAAUCAUCCUUCAUUAAGUGUUAAACGCAUCUACAAUGAAUAGAAUGUUGCAAUACAGGGGUUCCAGUCUUGGUUGGGAAGAAAACCAGCACACAGGGUCCCCAGGACUGAAUUUGAGAAUGCUUGGGUUAGGGCAGGGUUACUCAACUCCAGGUCCUGUCUGCAGGUUAUUUUCUCCAACCAUGCACUACAAAUACUUGCAGACACUGGCUCACAGGCCCUGGAGCUGAGUAGCACUGGGUUAGGGUUACAUAUGACAAGGCAACAAAAGCGCUCUUUUUAAUUUCAACUCCAAAAAGUGUGCUUUCUGGAUAAUGUUAAAUGGUAGAGGUUUUCAUUUUAUUAAUAUGUAAUUUUUUAAGUUUAUCCAUUUUUAACCACACACUCAGUGGCUUUAUUAUUUAGUUGUUUGGUUGUUGUUGUUGUUGUUGUUGUUGUUAUUGUUAUUAUUAUUAUUUGUUUUGUGAGGCUGCUAUGGUGAUUGAUGACAGAAAGGAAAGACAGAUGAAUUGCUUUGCUGAACAUAAGUAGAGUGAGGCUCCAUAAACUCCCUGUCAGUUACUGUCAUCAUGAACCAGUCAAAAUAUAAAUUUUGUAUUCCAUGGAAAAGCAUAGGUUUCACAGUGAGCCUUCAAAGUGAAAUGUGUUUUUGGUUUCUUGAAGCUAAACUGGUAUGAUCAGAAAAUAAAGAUUUAGAUUGAUAAAUAAUCCCACAGUA